GCUCUCCUGCCCGCCCUGGCCCUCGCAGCCAGCGCGUGCGUCCUGUGCGCGCGCCUGGCCUUCGUGCCCGCGCCCGCGCCCGCGCCGCAGCACCAGGCGCUCCUGCGCGCCAGCGCCGCGGCCGCGGCGGCGGCUGCGCCAGUAGCGGCGCUGGCGGAGCCGGACGAGCUCGUUGACUACAAUUUCGCGGGCGAGUUCACGCCUUUUCUGAUCAUCGGGUAUUUCACGCUCACAACCGCGCUGACCGGCUUCUCCUUUGUUUCUUACCUGGUGCUGACGAAGCUGAAGAUCAUCUGA